GUUCACAACAAAACAAUCGUGAGCUGUAAAAAAAAAAAACAACAACCGUGAGCUGAGCAAAAAGAUCAAAUCUUGGAGAUGGAGGGAGACCAUGAUGAUCAAGUGCCUGCCGGAGACGAGAAGUCAGCGUCGGAUCAACAGGUGGGUGGGGGAGAACCGGCUCCGGCUCCGGCUCGUCUGCCGUGGGAGGUUUCUGAUGACGAGGACAGCGUGGUGGAGAUAGGAUCCGACAUCGAUGCCAUGUGGUCCGAGGAUGAGGACCAUGUUGAUCCUGAACGAGAACGAAUCAUGAAGAACCAAGUCACCCGUGCUGGAACAGCGGGUCUGAAAUACUACAAUGAGAUGAAUGAGGGCUCAAACUUUGAGCUGGAUGAACCCAUCUUCAGCAAGUGUUUUCUGUUUCCCGGUACCCUUAUCGUUCACGCCAUCUUUACUGCCAAGUCUGUCAAUGUAAUUGAUGGUUCGUCCUCCGCCGCCGGGCAAUACAACCCUUCUGACAUUCGAUUGUUUUUCGCUGAGACUGAGUCAGUCUACCAGGAAGGUUAUAGUGUUCUUUGCUGUGUUCCCAUUGACUUCUCUAGAACAGACAAUGGCAAGGGCUGUGUUUACUGCCCGUGGAGACUAGGAGGGAAAUUGCGUUUCCACCACCCUCCUAAGGGAGUUUGCAAGUUUGGCGAAAGUGAGAAGAAGGACCAUAAAAGAUUUGAAUAUGAUGAGUGGACCUCAACCUCGGAAGAGGAAGAGUAAGCAGAAGAGUAGCCAAAGUCCCAGCCACUCCUAAUUAGUGAUUCGUUCUCUCUGAAUGUGAAAUGUCAAACGUGGGUUGUCGUAGUUUCAUGCCCAUGCCUGAAGAAUUGGAUUGCUAGGUAUGUAUUGGUUUGAUGUUAUAAGUUAAGCACUAGUGUCUAGUAGGUUAGUAGUUGUUGUAGUUGCAGUAGUAGCAUAAGUAAUAGUGUCUAUGGCAUAAGCGAUACUCUUUUUACAUAAUUAGUAAGUAGCUAGUUAUUAUGAGAUUUUCUACUAUACUCUUUUUGUGUUUAUAUGGAGAUUCCCUUUCUCGGCUCUCUACAAAUCCCGUUGCAUGCAACCUACGAUGAAGCGUUGAUGUGAAGGGAGGCGAGUAGGGCGACCAACAUCAUAAUUCAUAACCAUGGCGAGCACGAGAAACCACGACGAAGGACACAACACCGACGAGCCAAAAAAAAAAAGGAUUAUGUGGAGAUUCCCUUUCUCGGCUCUCUACUUCCCGUUUUUAACCGAUUUCAUCAGAUUUCUCAUGAAAAAUUCUACUCGUUCAAGUAAGAAGCAGUUUUGGGAACUCACUAGAAUAGGAAAGAGAGAGAAAACAUUCUGGGGUUUGUUCCGAGUAUUUUGCUAAUCCAAAAACGGAUUUCUUGUUAGUUGUAACUCCAAAACCAUAAUAUGGGACGUACAAAUUACUUUGAAAAGAUGGUGUAACAUGAGUAAACCCGCAGAAAGACACCAAAAUAUUUGGACAACUCGAUGACCUAGCUAUUGUAGAAGUAGUAUCUUUGAUGAACAACAAAUCUACAAUCUUAAAAAGUAAACACGAAGAAUAAAAAAGAUGAUGGAUUAUAAAGUUUAAUUAAAUUCUAUGUUUAUUGGCAUCAUAGAUACAUCAAUGAGAUGAUCUUAAUCACAAGGAUGUUGAUAUACAUCAAUGAGAUGGGCCCAUGGGAAAUGCAAUGAAAGGCCCAAUUAGAUACAUAUAGUCAUUGGCUUUAAGACAAUAACUCAAGUUAUUAAGAUAAGAAUUAUAUUGUUUACAUUACUUGUGUUCCGUCACAAGUGUAGUGAAGCUGCUGGCAGAGAUCAACAACAACAACCACUACCACACCGACAACAUCUCCUCAUCGGCCAUGGAUGCAGGCGUUGGCACUGUCCGAAUAUCGAUAACCGUGAUCAGAAAUGAGAGUUGGGGUGGUCCGUCGGUGAACUGAAUUCAGUGUGUGAUGGAUGAAGUAAAACAUCGAGCAUCGACAUUUUGCUCGUGCUUGCUGGAUUUUGCUUCCUUAUCCUGAAUGAAUGCAAUGUGUUGGUUAGUUAUGUUCUAGAGAUAUGAUUACAUUGAAUUUCAAGUUAAAAGAACAAACUAGAAUCAAACCGGAUGAUCGAAUUGAACACGAUCACAUGUGUUCUUCUAAGUUCUAACCAAUUAUGUUUGUCAUGGAACAAAGGAUGAUCAGAUCAAAUCAAAUGUACUUUUCAUA